AUGGAUUCCCUUUUCCCUCAAACAUCUGUUGUAAUUCGUGAAAUUCAAAAUGAUUUACUCGCAUUCGAAAGUUCACAAGAUCAUGAAACUGACACAAAUUGUACUAAUCAUAUUAAUAAUCAAUUUCAACGUUUAUCGGAAAUGUGUGAUCGACUUGAUAUACUCGUGAAUAAAGAACCAGUACAACGACGAGCACAAUCAAGGCAACGUCUCAAUGAAAUCAAAUAUGACAUCAGACAUUAUCAAGCUGCUUUCGCUAGUAUCACUUCAAAAAAACAACAACGCGAAGAAGCUGAACGCCAACGAGAAUUAUUACUUCAUCGUAAAUUUACACCAUCGACCGUUACUGCAAAUGGUGCAACACAUAUCAAUCUUGAUCAUUCACUAGAUUAUUCUCAACGGCUUGAUUCAACUCAUGCGCAUGUUGAUAGCUAUCUUGAGCAAGCACGCGUAACUCUUGAAAGUCUUCAAUUUCAAGGAUCGACUCUAAAAAAUAUUCGUAAGAAAAUGAUCUCGAUGGGCAAUAUGCUUGGCCUAUCAUCAACUGUUAUACAUUCAAUUGAACGGCGUUCAGCAGGCGACUGGUGGGUUUUAUUUGGCGGAAUGCUUGUAACUCUUAUCGUUAUGUUUGUUUUAUAUAAAUGGCUUGUUUAG